CCCCCCCCCCCUCACCCCUCUCCCGUCGCCGGCCGGCAAUACCCGGGCAAACACACCAGCAGGAAGGUAAAGCGAGCACUAAACGCACACAACAUCCCCAAAACAGCGGGGAAUGUGCGGCAGAGUGAGAGGAGCUGCUCCGCCUGAGUCUCCUGGUGCCAACAGUCGUCACCCAAAAUGAAUCACUCGCUGGAGAAUUCGAUUCCCUAUGAAGAAUAUUUAAGAAUGAAAGCGCGGACAAUACCGCAGCAUCGUAUGAAAGAAUUUUUGGAUUCUGUGAAUGGGAAGGGAUCUGAAGAAGUCCAGCAAUUUGUUCAAACUCCUGUUACAAUGUACCAACAAAGAGGACACUACAUAUACAUGGACAGUGCUGAUGUUGCUGGAUCAUUGCUUGAAUUAUCAAGACCUAUAAGUUCUCCAGUUCAGCAACAUACAGCCCAGGGAUCGCCAAUAGUACAACAACAGAUGCAGUCUCACCCCGUACAGGCACAACAAUCACACCAGCUGGAAAUUCAAACGGAUCACCAGACCCUGCAAGCAAAGCAGAUGCAAGCUCAGUUGCAAUCACAAACAUCUGAGGAGCCACAAUCUGGCAAUAGGGUAAUCAGCUCCUUGGCACAAGAAAGAAGGCCUAGCUCUUCAGGUGUUCCACAGCCUGUGAAGAAAAGGAAAGUUGAUUUGCCAGUUGAAGAAAGCUACACCAUGAAUCAGUCUUUAAUGCAAAAUGCAGUAACGACUGUGCUUACUUUACCAUCUCAGGUCCAGCAGCAAGGUUACAUUCCUGUUCGCCAGGAACUGCUUACAGUGGACAGUAGUCAGUUAUAUAGCGUUGUUCCAGCUACCACCUCGACAUCUGGCCCAUUAUCCAAUGCUGAAUCGUGGACUAUAUAUACAACCCCCACAUCGUGCUCUGAAGGUCAAACUGUACUCCAUACCACAAUUCCUUCUGAUGGCUGUAACCUGGUCCACAUUGAUGAAAUUCCAAUGAACGUGACUGGAAUCAAAAUAGAAGAGGACAAAGACAGGACACUGGCUCUGUCAGAUGCAGGGAAAACCCAACAGGAUAAAAUGAUGCAUCCAUCUGCGACAGCUGCAUUCUCAACACAGUUUGUGAAUGUAAAUGGAAAUCUUCACAUACCUGUUACGAUACAGGCUGGUGGGAGAGCUUAUCAAUCUCUGAAAUACUGGGAUCCACAGCAAGCACAGACUCAAGCAUUGCAUCCCCAAUCGACGGAACAACAAAUUGAAGUGCAGGCUGAUUUAAUGCUGUCUGAUACUCUAAAGCCAGAGGAAGGAGCCACUGUCUGGCAGAACUGGGCUCAAAUAAAGAAUGCAGAAAUAAUGAAAGAAGCUGAAAGUAAACCACCUUUGCCAGGAAGACGCCAGCCAAUGAAAUUCAGAGAAGAUGCACUUUGUGCAACAUUAGUAGAACUCAAUUAUGGACUUUGUUUAAUGACCAAAGAAGCAAGAGAUUCAGAUGGUGCUCCUUAUGAAGCAGACUUGCUGUAUUAUUUCUUUCUUUGUAUUCAAAAGCAUAUGUUUGAAAAUGGAAGAAUAGAUAAUAUUUUUGCAGAUCUCUACUAUUCUAAAUUUACUGAAAGAUUGCAUGAAGUCCUUAAAGAAUGGCAUCCUAAAAUAAGUCUUCUUGGUUAUGUCAUUCCUAGUCGUAUUACCGAGGAGAUGCUAUGGGACUGUAAGCAACUGGGAGCACAUUCUCCAGCGACUCUUUUGUACACGUUGAUGUAUUUCAAUACCAAGUAUUUUAUGCUGAAAACUGUAGAACAACACUCCAAAUUAGCUUUCUCAAAAGUAUUAAAGCAGAUGAAGAAGAAUCCUGGCAAUUCAAAGGAUAAGUGUUCCAGUAUCCGAUAUCUACGACUAUAUGGGCAACAUCAAGCUGGGCAGAAAGUUACGGAAGACAUGUAUGUUGAGCAACUUGAAAAUUCUGAGAAUCCUUUGAGGUGUCCCAUUAAACUCUAUGACUUCUACCUCUUCAAAUGUCCACAGAGUGCUAAAGGACGAAAUGAUGCCUUCUACUUGAAUGCCGAACCAGUGGUUGCGCCAAAUAGUCCAAUAUGGUAUUCAACGCAACCUGUCAGUUAUGAAGCAAUGGAACAAAUGUUGACCAGAAUCCUAAUGAUAAGGGAGGUCCAAGAAGCUUGCGCAAAUACGCAUAUUCCUUCAUUCCAAUGAAAAACUCCCCAAGCUGCAUGAUGAGGGAAGAAAGUGCUUGACAAUAGCAACUCAUAGGAUAUUAUUUUAUGGAAGACAAGUAUCUUGCCUUUUCCUGCGCUCUCAGAAGAUGUUCAUGCACGAUGUGCUUGAGAACUUGUGAAUUAUGAAAAUGGAUGUCGAAAUUUGUAAACCCAGUGGAAAUUUUGGGUGGAUUAUGUUCCAGUUCUAAAAGCCUAACCAGUUCUAUUGUUUCUUUAAACUAUACUGAAAUAUGUAACGGUUUAACUGAACAAACUGUAAAUAAGAGGAAAAUUUAAAAACUAUUUCUAGUUGGUGGUAGUAAAGUUUGCUAAUUAUCUUUAAAUUUAACAAAGCUUUGAAAGUAAAUAUAAAUUAUGUGCAUUCCAAUUUGUGGCAACACAGAUAAUUGUGAUCAUUGUAUAACUUAAUUACUUUGGAUCUAGACUCCAAUUCCGUCUCAACCUGUAUUACUGAUGCUUCCAUGAACAGUCGUCUUUUUAGCAGACUGAUAUGUUCUUUAACAUGUUUUUGUAUGUAAUGUACCUGGUGUACUUCUGUGCCUAAUGUGGAUAUUCCACUACAUAUUUUGAGAAGAAACUUUAUAAAAUAUAAAUAUUGCAUUUGCAUGAACAGAAUUAAACUAGGUUUAAGAAAAAAUGUUGGUUUUAGGUUUUAAACCAUAUCAACUUUACCUCACGAAACCUGUGACAUUAUGGCUUGGUAUCAGACGGGCACAGGAUAAUUUCUUACAGACUAUAGUGUGCUAGGAAGAUUUUGAAUAGUUCGGUUUGGUGGUUUUUACUUUUAUGGGGACAAUUUUUUUUUUUCCAUUUUACUUCAUUUUGAAUCACGGAUUAAAAUAAACACUGUUAUACUCAUGUAGUGCAUACCAGGGUUGUCACAUUAUCUUUGUAAGUUUUUUAAUAUAAAUCAUUCACUAAUUUCGUUGGUCUAGGUAGAAACAAUAAAUUUUGCCUAUAAAAAUAUAACAGCUUAUUGGUUUUGAGUAUGACAUUUUUGUUUUGAAAUCUAAGAAAAUAAGAACCUUUUAAAGGUUGUCUAAAUAUCUCGCAUCCAUUAAUUGGAUUAAAAAAAGACAGAUCGGUAAUUAAAAUUAAUUACUGCUGAUUUAGACAUUCUCGGCAAGUUGUCAAUAUUUUCCUGUAUAAUGGAAUUCUUGGCACAAGAGAAACACUGAUGGAAUUUUUUUUUUAAUAUUUGCAAAAGGACAGUUAAAGCUUUGGUUUGGGGAUGAGUUUGCCUUUUGUUUGAGGUCAAUAUUUGGUCUUAAAUGUUCCAAAUAGGAUUCUGCUUUACUUUUAUGCUGUUUCUAUUGGGUGCAUUUAAUAUUUUGGAUUUAUUUUGUUUUGUUGGCUCUUACAAUCUGUAUGAUUUCAUUCAAGUUAUUAUGUCUAUUUGUCAUUUUUUUCUAGCAUGCAUGUGAACUUUUAUGGCUGUAGAUUUCCAAAACCAUCGGAAGUAUACUUUAAAAUCGAUGGCUUAGUUUAAAAAAAAUGUUAUUGAAUUAAGUUUUCAUUAUAAUGCAUACAUUGAAUGUAAACUUUAAGAACCUCAAUCAUUUCAGUAAUACUUGGCUACUAUACUUUCAUCUAUUGUGCUUUUAAUACCUCUAGUGUUCCCCAAGGAUUCACCACUGGUUCCCCUUUCAUUUGAGUACAGUCAACAACAUUGUACAAGUUGUGGCAAUGAGCAGAAACUUUGUCAUCUCAAACUCUAGAUUACCAAGGCAGAAUCUCCAUCUCUCUACCUGGGAACUGUUUGAAAUUGUGCCAGAUUGUUUGAAACUUUAGUGCCCUGAGAUGCCUUUGAUUAAUAUUUCGAUGUAAUCACCAAGAAUGUCUACUCCGUUAAGUUAUCCUACUCUGGCCUAGUUCAUUAGCUGCAGAGAUCCUCGUUCAUGCUUUUGUUGCUUUUUAUGGUCUUGAUAAUUUUAAUGUCAUCUUGGCUGGGUCUCCCUCCAUCUGCUCGCUGUAAAUUGGAUGUGUGACGGCUGACCAUAUGAUAUCUUGCACCAUAUCCUACCCUCCUAUCCAUUUUAUUAGCACAUUUGUUUCCCCUUUUAGUUACAUGGUUUUGUUAAUGCUGUACUGCUUGGUAAUAGCAUCCUUGUAAAUGAACUCUUAAUAGCAGUUUCAUCAUGUCUUGUAGUGCAUGCUCACUGCCUCUUUCUAAGCUACUACAUGACCAGUUACUAAAAAUGCAGUGUUCAGGGAAAUGAGAAGUUAUGGUAUGUGUUAUUAUUGUUUCGUAAUGUGAUCUUACAGUAUUUUUGCCUUGCCUCUUCAUGGUUUAUGUGUUAACCAACUUUCCUCUGAUUUCAGGGAGCAUUAAAUCCAAUAUUUAGAAGUUAAAAUAUUCUGUUCACUUUAAAGUAUAAUAACUGAGGAAUUUUAGUUUUUGAGACAGUUUGCUAAUCUGCAAACUGUUUGUAUUCAUGGAAUUGUGCCAUUGCAAAUUAAUUUAAGGAGGUUUAUAGUGAAAACUAUUGUGCAAAGGGUAUAGUAAAUGUAUAAAACAGCUUUAAGGCUGAAAUGAACAAAAGCAUUCACAACACUACUUAUUUGAAUACAGGAAAACUAUAGGCAUAAUGUGAUUAUAGGAGGACUAAAUCAAAGUUCAUUUAAUAUUUUGUAGAUUAUGAAUUAUUACUUUGUACUAUGUUGAAAUAUGAUGCUAUACCUGGCAAAUAGAGAACAGCACAUUGCACAAAUGGUAAGAUAUGAAUGUCUGAGCACAUACUAUAACGCAUCAAAAUGUACUGUAUGAAUAUAAAAAAUAAUAAAAAUGUUUCUCUUUCCUCA